UUUUGACGGUCAAAACACUGGUUUCCAUGUAUGAGUGAAAAAUAAAAUAAUUAAAUUAUAUUUGUCAUAUUAUUAAUACCUUAUAGAACAUAUUGCUCGAAACAUCCUUAGAAACUAAUCGAAAUAUUCAUUUCACUAGCAAAAAAUCAUGUAGACAGUGAAGUUCAAAGCGUCGAAAAUAUGUCAUUCGACAGCCUCCCGUUGGAGAUAGUGCAGCUGAUAUUCGAUUACCUCUCAUUUCAAGACGUGCUGAGUGCCAGUUUGGUUUGCCAACGUUGGUACAAUGCAACGGAAAAGGCCGUCAACAGCAAAGGCUGGCUUGCCAUCCACUUUGACCGCCACAAUGAUCUCACCGAACUGGCGUGGAAUCGACGGAAGCAUGACAGCGUUUUACUUACGACGAUUCACUCUUGGGACCAGCUUAAGCCCACCAUGGAUGUUUGCCGCGAAAAAAUCACCCUCCGGCGAUUGAGCAUCAAUCGGUCCUGGAUAGACUACGUUUGCCAGUUUUUCCAACUGUAUGCCGACUGGGUGGAUAGAUUGGAGGAAAUUCACAUUUCACUGGAUCACAGAUUUUUGCGGAACGAUACCUGCAGUGGGAGGAGCUACGUAAUACAAUUACCCACGGCUAAACGUUUGCACUGGAGUGAAAUUCACAUUCGCAGGGGCAACAGAACAAUUACCAUUCAUGGACCUCGAUUAAGAAAUGUGUCCAUCAGCGACAGCUUCGCCAGCAAGCUAAACCUAAUACUGUCAGACUGUGAUGCUUUAGAAUCGUUAGAGUGCACUUUAUAUAGGAAAAACUUUACAGAACUAUACAAAGCUUCUUACGAAAAUAUGACUACGCUUAUUCUGCGGAUUUACUACACGGUUCAGGAUGUUAAGUUUUUAGACUAUUUACCAAAACUGAAGUGGCUUACACUGCUGAUUGAGUUCGAGAAGGACUUGCUGGAGACAUUGUUUGCCGAAACAACGAAUGCCAUCUGCAGAUGCACGCAUUUGGAAGGCCUACAAUUUAUACCAAUGGGAGAUAUUGCUCCUGCCAGCGUUGAUCUAGUCCGUCUUUCUGAAUCACUUCCUCGCCUACAACAACUAGAAUUGAGCAAUAUGUACUUAAGCUCGACGAGGAUGGCAUCGAUAUUCCAGAAAUUAACUAUACUGAAGCUAGUCAACGUGAAUCUUAAGCACGAGAAUGAUAUCCUCGAGAUCAGCUAUCCAUCCUUACAUACUUUAUCUGUGGAUGUCUUGCUGCUUCCUAGAUUAAGCCUUCAUACCUCACCAAAGAAAGUGGAAUUAUUCAUCAACGUCGAUUCGCUCAGCAUAGCCGAUACAGUAGAGUUGUACUUGAACCCAUUUUUGAAACAGUUUUAUCCAAGUAUUCAGGACAUAACCCUAUUCAAACCGGAUUGUUGCGAUACUGUUGUAGAUUACAGCUGUCCUCAGAUCGGCUUAGAACGAGUUACCCAACUACAUCUUAUAAAUAUGGCCAUCUCCAUGAAAAGCCUUAUACUCAUUGGCAAUUCUAAAAAUCUCAGACAUCUAACUCUAUCGAAAUGCUUGAUCGGGGUGCGGGGAACUGACGAAUGGAUGCUACUCGAACAUUUGGAUGCGUUCGAACUCAGACAGGUGCAGUUGGACGAUCGGAAGCAGAUGCAGUUCCCUCUGGCGAGAACCUCCCAGGAGAAACUGACGGGACAGCUGAAGUGCGGUUCAAUUGUGUUCAAUACUGACUGGGACGAGGACGGCCCCGCGGUCGGUUCCAAUGUUCCUCGGAGGAAUAAAAUGAUAAAUCCAUUGUGAAGUAUUUGACACUUCAGC